AUGUUCAUCCAGAAGGAAACGGGUCACGAUUUUCGAUCUGGGAUGGCCUGGGCGGAGCUUGCCAUCAUCUAUGUCGUAAUUCACCUCAGCCGCGCCAUCAUGAUUGCCCUGUUCUCGCCGGCGUUGCGGCGGUUGGGGUAUGGGCUCAGCCUCAAGGAGGGCAUCAUCCUGGUCGUGGGCGGAUUGCGGGGCGCUGUUGCAUUAGUCAUGGGCCUGAUUGUGCUGGACAACAAGUUCAUCGACAUCGAGACCAAGCAGAUGAUCGCCUUCCAUAUCUCUGGUAUCGUUGUGUUGACACUCCUCAUCAACGGGGUGGCCAUUGAGACCAUAUACAACAAAUUGCACGUUUACCCAGCGAAUCCGUACAACACCAUCUACUUGCGGAAGAUGUUUUCCAAGAUUGAGGACCUCUCGCGUCAGACAGGGUCCUACCUCCUGAGCACGCAGCCAUUCUUCGCGGAUGUGAGGUGGCACGGGCUCCUGCGUUGCGUGCCCUGCUUCCACAGUAUCAAGCUUGACGCCAACGGCAUUCCUUCCUCCUAUGCCAUUGACAAUGUCUCCGCUGUCAUGGGCAUCCUGGCGGUGGAGGCAGAUGUGAGCGGCGUGGUGACCACCAUAGGCUCUAACUUCGAGAAGAGAUGGUUAGAGAAGCGCGGCAGUUGCGCAAAGAUUCUGGCGGACCUUAUGCACAAUACCAGCGGCAAGCUUCAGCGCAACGAUUUCAUGGACCAUGUGGCGUACAGCUCGGAAGGAGUCCUACAGCAGGUGGACAGCAAGCCAGGAACUUUCAUUUCUGCCCAGUCACUGCUCGCGCUUUGCGAGUCGAAGCCAUACUGCGUCUCGGUGAAGGUCACUUCCAGGGCCCGCUCCCGUAUCUAUGUUGGCCUUGUCACGGAUGCCAGAUGGCCAGAAGAGGAGAUGUCAUCAUCCUGCAGCUUCCUCCCUCAAUGUCACAAUGCCACCUGCCUCGAUGUUGCAACAGGGGCUUUGCACAGCGGCUCUGUACAAUUGCAGGAGCGGCUCUCGGCAGUCCCUGACGGUGCAGUUGUGACCAUCCUCUGCAAUGGCUCCGAGAGUUCGCCCAUCACAGAAUUUGUGUUUUCCUGGCAGAAGAAUGGUGCCACGGAGCGCCAGGUUGUGCCCACAGCGCCAUGGAUGCUGAAUCACGUCUUCCUCGCUAUCCAGUUCCACACGCCGGACAGCGUCAGUGCGAUAACGCGCUCGAACUCGUUUUUCUCGACGGGAAGCAAGCUCCCCAAGGGAGAGGCGCCUCCAGGUCUGAUGUUGCUAUUCGAGCCGCGCCCGCAUGCGGAUAGCCAAAGUAUCAACAGCUUCUUCCGGGUGCUUCUUAAUGCCAUUCGCAAGAGCUUCCAGGAUAAGUUUGACCACGGCCUCGUCGGGGGCCAGGCCUACAGCUGGCUGAUGUCCGCCGUGGAUGAGGCCAUGGACUGCGCUACACAGGAGCUCAACUCUCGGCAGGUGGAGGAUUUCAUGGACGAGGAGAUGAAGGCCGUGCACUCCAAGGCUGGUCGAGGCCUGCUAAUGGACAUCCUGCAGCCGGUCCUGAUCGAGUACCUGUGCCUUCAGAAACACGUUGGUCACAGCUCCGUGCUGGACCGCGUUGCCGAGAGGGUGUCGGCUGCUAAAGCGUUCGCCUACCACACAGCGAAGGCAAAAGUCGAGACACUCUGGGCGUUCAUCGAGACGCAUGAGGAACUGUUGGGCACUUCGAUGUCCAUCGAACGAUACCCUGCCCUGGUGGAGUGCAUCAACCGCGUGAUUGAGACUGCCCGUGCCGAUCUGGCCAUUCUGGCAGAAACGAUGCCACUCCGCUACUUCUUCAGCAAGCACGGGAUGGCGCUGCGCAUCAUCUUGCACAACCGCGUCACUCAACUGGCCCGUGCCGCCAGCAAAGGCUGGAUUACAGACCCAGAGGCCGAGGUGCUCAUCGGCGAGCUUCAAGCACGGAUACGAGAGGCCAACAACUUCUACCCGCGAAGCACCUACAUCCGGCUCGCCUGCUCACGCAGCUGUGGGCCCAAGUUUGGUGCUCAGCCGCAGAAGAACGCCUGGGACGACUUCGAUCUCGCCCUGCAGCCCUCCUUCGGUCAGGGAGUUUACAUCCCCGAGGCAGAGGCAACACCGGUUUUUACGUCGGAAGGUGUGAAGUUUCCACUGUGA